AAAAACGAUGAUUGUCCAUUUUACGAUACGUCGUGAUUUCAUCGAAUCGAGUAGGCGUAAGAUUUUCCAAUCGCACUUUAUACGCACAUGCAUAAUAAAUCUCGUCGUAAACCAUACGCUUUCGAAAAUUUAAAUUACGCAUGUAAGUCGCGCGGUAUCGCUGAUGCCAACCGUGUAUACGUACAGUCCCGAGACUCCCAAAUAGUGUAAACAUGGCCUCGCGGUAUAAUCACGGUGUUCAGCGAGUUUUGGCGAAAUUAGAAGCGUCGAUAAACUCGGAAAAUUAUUAUGAGGCUCAUCAGAUGUACAGAACUUUGUAUUUCAGAUACCUCAGCCAGAGAAAAUACUCGGAACUUUUGGAAUUGCUAUACAAUGGGUCGAUGCUUUUGUUACAGCACGAACAGCAUGCAAGUGGAGCCGACUUAGGAAUCUUAUUUAUCAAUGUUUUAACGCAAUCCGGAACGAAACCCACACAAAGCUUCUUCGAGAAGAUCACGAGUUUGUUUAGUUUAAUGAGCCCUGCAUCGCCAGAAAGGGAAGCAUUUGUGCAAUUGGCGCUUAAAUGGAGCGUAAAGAGUGCAGUUUCUAAUAAAACUGGUCAUCCUGAUUUGCAUCAGAAAAUAGCUCAAGUCUUUUGGAGAGAAAAGAAUUACAUAAUGGCAAGGCAACACUUUAUACAUAGUAGAGAUGGCUCUGGAUGUGCAGCAAUGUUAGUCGAACUUCACGAGCAACGUGGAUACACGAAUGAAAUAGACCUCUUUAUAGCUCAAGCAGUCUUACAAUAUCUUUGUCUACAAAACAAAGCAACGGCACAAGAGGCCUUUAAUUCUUAUACUUUGAGGCAUCCAAAAAUAAAUAGCGGCCCUCCGUAUCUUCUUCCUUUAUUAAAUUUUUUAUUUUUUCUACUGAAAACUAUUGACAGUGGUAAACUAGCAGUGUUUACAAUUCUUUGUGAACAGUACCAGAUAUCUUUAAAUAGAGAUCCGUAUUACCGACAGUACUUAGAUAAAAUAGGCCAACUUUUUUUCAAUAUUCCACCUCCGCGUCCACGUAAUCAAGGAUUAUUUGGUUCGAUAUUACAAUCUUUCUUCAAUGGCCUGGAGGAUGACGAAUCAGAUGAAGAACAACGAAAUACAGCUUCAACUUCACAUGCUGCGCAAGAACUUGAUUGAUUAAAGUGGUGGCUAUAGCAGCGAUAGCGUGAUUAUGAGGCCCGCCUUGAAGACCUGGAAAGACUGCCUGAUUAAUUUUACUUUCUAAGUCAUACAUAAUCUGCUUGCCAUCCUUCGUGACACUUCGAACACCCUUUCGGUAGAAAAUAACACCAGCGCGCGGACCUCUGCACAAAGAAGAUAUGUCUCGCU